AUGCCUGCCUGUUGGUCCUCUUCUCUCAUCACUCGAGCACUGGUGGUUGCCCCGACGUUGCUCUUGACAACGGAGAAGUACGUGCCUGUAGCUGCCAACCUUGCUCGACUGGAAACCUUCAAGAAUGUAGCUGCAACAAGGAGACCGGUUGCGGUUGCACCUCGUCCGCCUUACCUACCGGGGCCCCCAACCGCUGCGUUUGCGCGGCUGCCGGAAAAGCGUGUUCCUGCUCUGACUGCGGCUGUAAAGAAGCUGCCGCUACCAGUGCAGUUGUUGCGCUUGGAUCCGCUGGUCAACUUCAACUGA